UCUCUCUUUCUUCAGCUGAACUAUACCCAUCACCUUCACUCCCUCCCACCACACUCCCCACACGCUAUAACCAUUCUCUUUCUUCUUCGGAGCAAUGCCCCAAUGACCCCAAACUCCAUUCUCACCCACCCAGAGCUUCUUCCAGUUCUGGGGUACUCUCGUUGAAGCCAUGCCUUCUUCUUCUCCAAAGUCCUUCCUCAGGCGCCCUCCACCAUUGUUCAAAUCACGCAGAUCCUCCUUCUUCAUCCUCUUAUGCCUCGUCCUCUUCCUCUUCGCUUUCUUCUUCGCUUUUCUCAGACCCGUUCCCACCUCUCACUGCCUCAACAGCAAACCCAGAUCGGUUAGAGUGCUCUGGGACCAUGCCUCCUCCACCCAAAGCACUUCCCAAGUUGAAAUUAGGCAUAAAGUUAUGGCCUUUGUGGGCAUUCAAACUGGGUUUGGAUCUGCGGGUAGGCGCCAAUCUUUGAGGAACACUUGGUUUCCUUCUGAUCCACUUGGACUCCAACGCUUGGAAGAAGCCACCGGCUUGGCUUUUAGGUUUGUUAUUGGUAGAACCGGUGAUAGAUCAAAGAUGUCUGCACUUCAGAAGGAAAUAGCACAAUAUGAUGAUUUCAUUCAAUUGGAUAUUGAAGAGGAGUACAGUAAGCUCCCGUACAAAACAUUGGCUUUCUUCAAAGCUGCUUAUGCACUCUUUGAAGCCGACUUUUAUGUCAAAGCUGAUGAUGACAUAUAUUUAAGGCCAGAUCGUCUUUCAUUACUACUGGCAAAAGAGCGAUCUCAUCCUCAGACUUACAUAGGAUGCAUGAAAAAGGGACCUGUUUUCACUGAUCCAAAACUCAAAUGGUAUGAGCCACUAGCUAAUUUGCUUGGAAAGGAAUAUUUUCUUCAUGCUUAUGGUCCUAUCUAUGCUCUUUCUGCUGAUGUUGUAUCAAGCUUGGUAGCUCUUAGGAAUAACAGUUUCCGGAUGUUCAGCAAUGAGGAUGUAACCAUUGGAGCUUGGAUGCUUGCAAUGAAUGUCAACCAUGAGAAUAAUCAUGAACUUUGUGCUCCAGAGUGUACAUCCACAUCAAUUGCUGUGUGGGAUAUUCCAAAAUGUUCAGGUCUCUGUAAUCCAGAAAAGAAAAUGUUGGAACUCCAUCAAAUGGAAAGCUGUACUCAGAGUGCAACUGUGGAAUCUGAUGAAUAGUAUUUGUCCGUUUAGUUAUGAAGCCAAGUAAGCUAUGAAGGUGAACUGCUUGCUCUUGUCAUGCCUUACUGCCUUGAGCAGCUACCAUUGCAAUCCUUUUCUAUUCAUUGAUCUUUCUCCUUCUCAUUCAUAUUUCUUCACGACAGAAGACAAAUUGAUGCGUUUUGCUUUCUUUCUAUUUUCACAGACACAGACACACACACAAAUUUUCCUGACAAUUUUCCCUUAUAUUCUC